GUGAUUUUGUUAUUCGUUGGGAAAAAAAUACUGUAGGCAGGUUAGCUAGCUAGCUGCCCUUCCCUCUCUCCUGUCAGAUUUUUGUUACUAAUUUAUGUGUACUGUGUUAAAACUUAGUAGUCUGUUUAAAAAAGUAAUCGCAUUAUAGUGGACCGUUGUUUUGUUGUCGCGCACGGUCAACUGAGAAAUAGUGCCGAUCUGAACUGUCAUUUUUGGUGAGUGUAGAUUUCAAAAGCUAGCCAGCUACGUUUCAUUGACUGGAAUCUCCAGUUCUGAGAGGCCUCUCCCUUCUUUUAAGAAGGGUGGAAGAGGCAACAACAUCAAUAUAGAUAGCUGGCCGGCUAAGUAACGUUAUAUAUUUUUUAUUUUACGUAGUGUUUGCUGUGUGACUUUCUAGAUAGUUUCUACGAAAUUAACGUUACUCGGCUUACUCGGUGGUUAUUGCAUGUAGGAUAGCAGCCUGCUAUUUAGCUAACUAUCUAGCAGUAGCUAGCUAAAUGGCGUCAGAUAGUGACACAGAAGAAUUUUAUGAUGCUGCGGAAGAUGUCAAUUUGACUCCCUCUCCAAAUGUAUCGCCUGCAAAGUUUGUACUUCCCUCUACAAAGGAUGGUGAGGAGAGCCCAGCACAGCCCCCCCAGGAGCCCCGGCCUGAUGAUUCCCUCCAGAUCAUUGACAGCAUCAUCGAGGAGAGCCAGAAGGAGAGCACUGUGGAGGAGUCUCUGCUGACGGAGGAGAGGGGGGCCGCCGCCGAGCAGGAUGCGGGGGCGGGACCCGGGGGCGGGCCUUCAGAAGCUCCGCCCCCCGAGGAGGAGCCCAAAACCGAGAGCCUGAGCGCAGAGGAGCCGAGCGCGGCGGCUGACGGGCGGCAGGACUUACCGGCCGCGGGGUCCGCUCCCGGGGCGGUGGGCGAACCCUGCCCGUCGGCCGCCCCCCCGCCCGAGGGGGUGAGACCCCCGGACAUCACCAGCGCCCUGGUCCCGGAGCAGCCGCAGGCCCCCGCGCAGGAGGGCGAGGACCCCAGGAGAGCCGACAUUCUGGAGCAGGUCUCUCUGGCCGAUAAGCUGGCGGACCACGACCCCUCGGCCCCCCGGAAGCCCCCGCGGCAGUGCACGGUGGAGCCGGACAUCGUGGCCAGCACAAAGAAGCCCCCGCCCCUACGGCCGCCCCCUCCCGGCGGAGCGCCCCCGCCCCGGCCCCCUCCCCCCUCGCGUCCCGCGCCCCCGCCCCGAAAGAAGACCCAGGAGGGGCUGCGGCCCACAGGGCUAGAGGUCUCUGCAGACACAGUGGAGCCCUCAGGCCUGGUCUCCCCCAGCACCGCGGUGGAGAGCCUCACCAAGGAGCUGCAGCACUCUCUGGACCUGGCCAGCGCCACCAGCGGAGAUAAAGUAGUGACUGCCCAGGAGAGCGGGAAAGCGGCGGACGGGCAGAACUCCGCCCCCAGCGGCGGCGAGGCGGCGGGCCCCCAGCGACCGCGCUCCAACUCGGGCCGCGAGAUGACGGACGAGGAGAUCCUGGCCAGUGUGAUGAUCAAGAACCUGGACACGGGGGAGGAGAUCCCCCUGAGCCUGGCGGAGGAGAAGCUGCCCACCGGAAUCAACCCCCUCACGCUCCACAUCAUGAGGAGAACCAAAGAAUACAUAACGAAUGACGCGGCUCAGUCGGACGAUGAGGACAAGGCUCAGUCGCACCUCUCGGACACAGACGGAGGAAAGCUCAAACAGAAAACCACACAGCUAAAGAAGUUCCUGGGGAAAUCUGUAAAGAGGGCCAAGCACCUGGCGGAAGAGUACGGUGAGAAGGCUGUGAACAAGGUGAAGAGCGUCCGUGAUGAAGUCUUCCACACGGACCAAGACGACCCCUCCUCCAGCGAUGACGAGGGCAUGCCCUACACCAGGCCGGUCAAAUUUAAGGCGGCCCACGGCUUCAAGGGUCCUUUUGACUUCGACCAGAUACGGGUGGUGCAGGACCUGAGCGGGGAGCACAUGGGAGCGGUUUGGACCAUGAAGUUCUCUCACUGCGGAAGGCUGCUGGCCUCGGCGGGUCAAGAUAACGUGGUGCGCAUCUGGGUCCUAAAGAACGCCUUCGACUACUUCAACAACAUGAGGAUCAAGUACAACACGGAAGGUCGCGUCUCUCCAUCCCCCUCCCAGGAGAGCUUGAACUCCUCCAAAUCGGACACAGAUGGCGGGGUCAGCAGCAACGCAGAGGAUCCCGACACUGAGGACCGGAACGUUCCUUUCCGGCAGGUCCCCUUCUGCAAGUACAAAGGGCACACGGCUGACCUCCUGGAUCUGUCUUGGUCAAAGAACUACUUCCUGUUGUCCUCGUCGAUGGAUAAGACUGUUAGGCUGUGGCACAUUUCCAGAAGAGAAUGUCUGUGCUGCUUUCAGCAUAUAGACUUUGUGACAGCCAUCGCUUUCCACCCCAGAGAUGACAGGUACUUCCUGAGCGGCUCAUUGGAUGGGAAGCUGCGUCUGUGGAACAUUCCGGAUAAGAAGGUGGCCCUGUGGAACGAGGUCGACGGGCAGACUCGCCUCAUCACCGCCGCCAACUUCUGCCAGAACGGGAAGUACGCGGUCAUCGGCACCUACGACGGCCGCUGCAUCUUCUACGACACGGAGCACCUUAAGUACCACACCCAGAUUCACGUUCGGUCCACCAGGGGCAGGAACCGGGUCGGCCGCAAGAUCACCGGGAUCGAGCCGCUGCCCGGAGAGAACAAGAUCUUGGUGACCUCCAAUGAUUCCCGGAUUCGCUUGUAUGACCUGAGGGACCUGUCUCUGUCCAUGAAGUACAAGGGAUAUGUGAACAGCAGCAGCCAGAUAAAGGCUAGCUUCAGUCACGACUACUCGUUCAUCGUAAGCGGCUCGGAGGACAAAUACGUUUACAUCUGGAGCACCUACCACGACUUGAGCAAAUUCACUUCUGUACGGCGAGACCGCAAUGACUUCUGGGAAGGAAUUAAAGCCCACAACGCGGUGGUGACGUCGGCCGUCUUCGCUCCCAACCCCGGCCUGAUCGUGUCGCCGGAGGCCUGCAGCGCGGAGAAGCCGGAGGCGGAGUUAAUGAGCACGGACCCGGCCGACGGCGAGACCAUCCCCUCAGGUGCCCUGAAGACCGACCACACUGAAGUCCUCCUCUCAGCGGACUUCACCGGCGCCAUCAAAGUGUUCGUCAAUGUGAAGAAGUAUUAAGCACAAACGCCCGCACCCCGGUGUCCCGCCUGUCGCUUACUGAGACCCCGCCUCCCACACACUGCCCCCCCCCCCCCCCCCCAAGACUUAAUGACAGAGGAGUCCCGAGUCCUGUGUUGGAGAACUCGCAUACAUUCGCUGUGUGUGUGUGUGUGUGUGUGUGUGAGUCAUGUGCUGCCCUGCACGUGGAGAGUCUAACAUUUUCACUGGUCCCCACAAGGUGUGUGUGUGUGUGUAAAUCCGCGUGAGGAAUUGUGGGACAUCCCUGGUGUCCCUGCACACACAAGGAUGAUGGUGUGCGGAAUGAGAAAAUGUCCAAGGAAUAUGUAUGGGGAAAAGGGUGUUACGGACUGACAUGUCACUUUGCCUUCUAUUAUUAUUUCUUUGGCGUUAAUUUUGUUUUGUUGGUUGGUGGUUGGGACGAAAACGAACAAAUAUAACUACGGUGUGUAGGAACAGAAUUAUUCAUGGGAGGUCCUUUCAGUCAACGCUACUUGAAAGAUGUAGAGGUAAGGGCAAGUCGGGUCAAGCGAUGAAGGUGUUAGGCAGGGAAUCAGUCCUACGCGCUCAAAGCCCCCCAGCACACAGCUUUCCAAAGUGUCCGCACAAGGUGUUACCGCCAUGUUUUCAGAUCUUACUAGCACCACCUCCCUUUAGUUCGGUUCCUGAUCCUCUUUUUCACGUCAUGGUAUUAGUGUUUCCUUUUGGAGAUUGUUGUAAAAAUGUUGACCCUUUUUUUUAUAUAAAUAUAAUAAUUUGUUUUUAAUAUUCAUUCAACAAUGAGUUUGGUGGUUUAUUUAGAGCAGGGCUGCCCAACCCCGUUCCUGGAUAUCUAAGUGUCCUGUAGGUUUUCACUCCAAUCCUAACAAAGCGCACCUCGUUCAACAGCUAUAGAUAUCGUCGGAGCUGUUAAUUGGUAGAAUCAGGUGUGCCUAAUUUGGAUAGAAAUGAAACCCUACAGGACGGUAGACCUCCAGGAACAGGGCUGUGCGGUCCUGAGUUAGAGCUUUGUUAAAGCAGAUUGUUACAUGCUGUAAAUACUGGGUAGGGGAAACGCCAAUGACGUAACGGUUGCGGGUUGAGCGCCUGAGACUUGUUAUUGAUGGUCAAAGAUCAGUCAAAUGAAAGAAAAUGUAUAAAUACAGAAUAAUAAAAAAGUGAUCACAAA